GUGUCCACCCGACUUUGGAAAGUCGCUGCCUGAGGUUGGGCUCGGACUGGCUGCCAUCUUGGCGGAAGGAUUGAGGAGCUGGCACCGCCGCCCUAACCGAUUCAAGGCCCAGCUCAUAUUAUGGCUGGCAGUGGGCCAAGAUCAGGAACUGUCAGUGGAUUUGCCAUGAAAUCACAGCUUCAGAUUACUGUUAUCUCAGCAAAAUUAAAAGAAAAUAAAAAUAAAUGGUUUGGACCUAGCCCUUAUGUGGAAGUCUCCGUAGAUGGACAGUCAAAGAAGACAGAAAAAUGCAACAAUACAAAUAGUCCGAAGUGGAAGCAACAUCUUACAGUAAUUGUCACUCCUGUCAGUAAGUUAAACUUUCGAGUCUGGAGCCAUCAGACGUUAAAGUCUGAUAUUCUACUGGGUAGUGCUACUCUGGAGGUUCAUGAGACAUUGAAAUCAAACAAUAUGAAACUGGAGCAGGUGGUUGUGACGUUGCAGCUUGUCGGUGACCGAGAACCAGCAGAGGUGAUAGGAGACUUGUCUGUUUGUCUGGAUGGGAUGCAGGUAGAUCCUGAGCUCCUAACUAAUGGUGAUGCCACAAGUAUAAGAAGUCCCACGCAGAACGAUGGUUCCAGAGCAAGAAAUGACACAAGGGCUAAUGCAAAUGGCCUUGAAAGCUAUGAGGAUGCAGGAUCCAGUGAAAGCAGGACUGUUAAUGGCAGUGAUUCUCCAUUACUCACAAAUGGAGUCUUUAAACCUGCUAGGCCUCCCAGGCCCUCCCGACCACCUCCACCCACUCCUCGUAGACCCUCUUCUGCAGCUGGUUGUGUCAAUGGUCCUUCAUCUAUGUCCAUAGAAAAUGAUGAGUCCAGUGCAGGAUCCUCACCAAGUACAACUCCAAAUGCACCUUCAGAACAGAGCCCUGAGGGGGCAACAGCUGGAACAACAGUUCCUGCAGCUUCCGCUUUGACCACGCCUCCUGUAUCCAAACAAGUCCAGCCAGUAAAUCCUCCAUCUCAGCCACACAGUACUGUCAGUCAAGGUCCUCUUCCACCUGGAUGGGAGCAAAGAGUGGACCAGCAUGGUCGAGUAUACUACGUAGAUCACGUUGAAAAAAGGACAACAUGGGAUCGGCCGGAACCUCUUCCCCCAGGCUGGGAACGACGAGUUGACAACAUGGGGAGAAUUUAUUAUGUCGACCACUUCACUAGAACGACAACAUGGCAACGACCAACAUUGGAAUCUGUCCGGAAUUAUGAGCAAUGGCAACUUCAACGCAGUCAGCUUCAAGGAGCUAUGCAACAGUUUAAUCAGAGGUUCAUAUAUGGGAACCAAGAUGUUACCCCUGCACAGAAUGCAGAGUUUGAUCCUCUUGGCACCCUGCCACAUGGAUGGGAAAAGAGAACUGACAGCAAUGGCAGAGUGUAUUUUGUCAAUCACAACACACGUAUCACUCAAUGGGAAGACCCCAGAAAUCAGGGUCAAUUAAACGAGAAACCCUUGCCAGAGGGCUGGGAAAUGAGAUUUACUGUGGAUGGCAUUCCCUAUUUUGUGGAUCACAACAGAAGAACUACAACGUAUAUAGAUCCCCGCACUGGAAAAUCUGCUCUAGACAAUGGGCCCCAGAUAGCCUAUGUGCGUGACUUCAAAGCGAAGGUCCAGUAUUUCCGGUUCUGGUGUCAGCAACUGGCUAUGCCACAACACAUAAAGAUUACAGUGUCCAGAAAGACAUUGUUUGAGGACUCAUUUCAGCAGAUAAUGAGCUUCAGCCCUCAGGAUCUGCGAAGACGCUUGUGGGUCAUUUUUCCUGGAGAAGAAGGUUUAGAUUAUGGAGGUGUUGCAAGGGAAUGGUUCUUUCUGUUGUCACAUGAAGUGUUGAACCCAAUGUAUUGCCUGUUUGAAUAUGUAGGGAAGGAUAACUACUGCUUACAGAUAAACCCAGCUUCUUACAUUAAUCCAGACCACCUGAAAUACUUCCGUUUUAUUGGCAGAUUCAUUGCUAUGGCUUUGUUCCAUGUGAGAUUCAUAGAUACAGGUUUCUCUCUGCCGUUCUAUAAGCGUAUCCUAAACAAGCCAACAGGACUCAAGGAUUUAGAAUCUGUUGAUCCAGAGUUUUACAACUCUCUCAUCUGGGUAAAAGAAAACAAUAUUGAAGAAUGUGGCUUGGAAAUGUAUUUCUCAGUGGAUAAAGAAAUUCUAGGUGAAAUAAAGAGCCAUGAUUUGAAACCUAAUGGUAGCAACAUUCUGGUCACAGAAGAAAAUAAAGACGAAUAUAUUAGGCUGGUAGCAGAAUGGAGACUCUCCCGCGGUGUUGAAGAACAGACACAAGCUUUCUUUGAAGGCUUCAAUGAAAUUCUUCCACAGCAGUACUUGCAGUACUUUGAUGCCAAGGAACUAGAGGUGCUUUUAUGUGGAAUGCAAGAGAUUGACUUGAAUGACUGGCAGAGACACACCAUUUAUCGGCACUACACCAGGACGAGCAAACAGAUUAUGUGGUUUUGGCAGUUUGUGAAAGAAAUAGAUAAUGAGAAGAGAAUGCGACUACUGCAGUUCGUUACAGGAACAUGCAGAUUACCAGUUGGAGGAUUUGCUGACCUCAUGGGGAGCAAUGGACCCCAAAAGUUUUGUAUUGAAAAAGUUGGAAAAGAAAACUGGUUACCUAGAAGUCAUACUUGUUUCAAUCGCUUGGACCUGCCACCCUACAAGAGUUAUGAGCAGCUGAAGGAAAAAUUAUUAUUUGCAAUUGAAGAAACAGAAGGAUUUGGGCAAGAGUAAUCACAUGUGUGAAUUUGCACCCUGAAGAACGUGAACUUGUGUGGUGUACGUUCUUCACUUCCUCUGCUUGUUGCACAUCUCAUUGUAAAGUAAACUUGACUAGGAUUUAUUUAAACAAUUACUAGUGUGUAAGUAAAUGGAUGUUAUGCUGAGACUUUAUCCCCACUAACUCUGGAUUUCUACAGAGCCCUUCCAGAAAUCAAAUCAGCAAAUUAUUCCUCUACAAAUGAUAUCUGACCUAACUAGAGAUUUAAUACCGCUCUUGGCUCUGCUUUGUUUCACUCUUCAUUAAUUAGAAUUUGUCCUCCUUAAUGACCGUUUUUUUAAAACUAGUCUUUGUCUUUCCUUGUUAGUAGCAUUUCUUUUGCUACUGAUGCACUGGGAAGUCCAUUGGUAGCUGCAAUGCUGCAGCAUCCUCAUGAGCCUCUUUACAACAGUGUUAUUAGAGCCAACCUGUAACCAGUCUCUGGGUACUAUGAGCAAAUCCAUUGCUUGUGCUGUUGUUUCUUACUCAAGUGUGGCCUGACUGUUUUUUUUUUUCCCCCCUCCUGGAGCUUUUUCACAUUUCAUCUUGAUUCAGAUCAUUGCUAAGGGGGUGUAGAACUACUGCACAUGUCCAGAGUAUAGCUUUGGUUUUAUGUUUUGUUUUUUUUAAAUCCUGUUAAUUCUGGCAUGAUAACCUUUCCGAGGUUGUUGCUAUGUUUGAGCACCCUCUCCAAUCUCAGAAGAGUUUUGAUCCAUUUCCAUAUAAUACACACACUUAAUGUCAGAUACAAUAUUAACACUGUGGUACUUCAACACUCAUUUUGCAAAAGACGAGACCACCUGGGACUGCAAGUAAAUGCACUGAAUACAUUUGCAAACUGAUGUUUCUUGUCAAAUGAGUUAAUGGAAAGUAGACUUGAUGUUGCUGUUAAGUGCCCAAUCAAAUAGUUCUAAGAUUGUAUCCAGUUGUCAGGAAAAGGGAUAGCAUGUAACUGGAUUCUAAAACAUGGCUAUAAAGCAGCCUUGCUUAUAAUCUUAGUGGAGAACUGAUGUGCUAUAAUUGGCUAAGAGACGGUGCUAGAAAGUUUAGUCAAGGAUUGCAGACUUCCAAAUGUUGUUAUAUCAGUAAAUUCAGUAACUCCGUAGAGGUUAGAACUAAGUGUUCAGACUAACUCAACCCUGAGUUGCCUCUGAGCAGUAACUUCUGUAGUGUGUUUUCUUUCUGAUUUGGACGGAGAACACCUUUCACUUCCCAUUCUAGUCUGUUAGUAUUACAAUUCUCUAGCAGCAUACAAUAGUAUUUUACAUUAUACUUCCUCUUUUGGAAUUAAUGCACUUUCUGUAUAUGGUCAGCUCUCUCCCUGGCCUUCCUCCCUCCAGAUGGUUAAACUUCAGUGGGAUGAGUUUCUAACUCUGGGAAGAGAGAUGACACUUGAAAUGGCAGUAGUGCAUGUUAAUGCAUACAUGCCACUGUCACAAUGCCCUUUGGAAGGCUUCUGAUAUUAGAGCUGGAAGAGGACAGAUGGGCACUGUCCAAUCAAGCUUCCAUCUCAGAAGAAAAUGUUUCCUACCAUUUAUUGUGAGGGCUUUUCUGUACCAGAUCAUGCAAAGGGAUCAGUUGUUCCUCAGCAUGUGCUUGUAAGAAGGGAGAAUGGCUUAGACCUCUGUAGUGUUUUACUUUCUUUGCCAUGCAUAGUCCAAGAAAUGCAUGUAAACAUGUUGUUGGUUUUAGAGAAAUUGACCCACUUUUAUCUUUUCACUGGUGGAUAAGAAGUGAACUGACUAUCUUACCUGGAGGAAUGUCUGCCAGCUCCCAAAACAUCCGAUGGAUAUCUUACAACGUAUGGCUCAUGGAACAAAAGCCUGAUAAAUAUUUUGUGUUGAUAAUUCUUAUAAUGAAGCCUAGCUAGCUAACAUAUUUACAAGAGAGAGAUUAGAUUAAGUGAGAUAAUGCAAGAUUAAGCUAUGGAAAAUAAUUUUUGUGUUCUGCAUAAUGAUUCAUGUAGGGACCUAGAAAUAUUAAUGUAUAAAUAUCACCCAAAAGGCUUUCUGCCCUAUAUUUUUAAAAUAAAGAAUAGUUAUAAUUGAGAUAGCCAUAGCCCUAGUUCUAUAGGGUGUGGCUGUUUAAUAUUUUUAUGGUUGAAAUGUUUAGUUCAGGAAAAAGGUAAAUGCUUGUAUAUAUUUUUGCAGUCCGGGGUCUCACUUACUCCAUUUCUUCCUUUAAUUUAAAUGGCAUGUUUAUAUGUCUUUACUGCUGUAUUAGGGAGGGGGAAAGGGGGCUGGAUAUCCCAAGCACGAGAAGUCAUGUUAAAAUAUUGCAAAUAGGAAAUACUUCACUGAAAAAUGAAUAUGUAAAAUGAAAUAUUGAAUUUUGGCCAAAAUGUUAACAUUUAAAAAUAGGUUUAUAGCAAGUGUUAAAUUAGCAAUAUUUCUGAAAACAGAACUAAAAAUUGCUUUUAAAAUACAUUUUGCUUUGUAAGCAUUGUCAAUGGUAACAAAUCUGUUAAUAUUUUACAGCAUGUUAUGUUGAAAUAAAAAGGAAUUAAUAUGAGCAAUUAAUGCACUCUUCUGCUCUUUAUGGGGAUCUGGGGAAAACAGCAUGUGCAUAAGCACACAAUUUGGCACACGGCGUGAUGGGUAGAGUGAAUUUGGACUCCAAGUGAUAUUCGGUAGAGAUUAAUGAACAUGUAUAUGCCUUUCUUAAGUUGAUUUAGCAGCCUGUAAAUUGCAGUAAACUGACAUUUUGUCUCUACAUAAGAUUUACCAUAACUCUAUUUGGGAUUUUGCUUUAUGAAAAUGUUAAUUUUCCCAUAAUAAUUUUGAUCCACUGCUGUUACAGCUAACACAGUCUAAUAUUUCUGGGUAGUUCAGAAAAUGUUAACAUAUUAAUGAAAUGUGUCGUAAAAGGGUCAUUACUUAAAAUUUGCUGCAGUAUAAAUAGGGCCCUACCAAAUUCAUGGUCCAUUUUGGUAAAUUUCACGGUCAUAGGAGUUUUAAAAUCGUAAAUUUCAUUAUUUCAGCUAUUUAAAUCUGAAAUUGCACGGUGUUGUAAUUGUAGGGGGCCUGACCCAAAAAGGAUUUGUGGGGGGGAUCGCAAGGUUGUUGUAUGGGGAGUUUCGGUACUGCUACCCUUACUUCUGUGCUGCUGCUGGCAGCUGGAGAGCAGCAGCAGCUGGCCGGGAGCCCAUCUCUGUAGACAGAGCCACUGCCAGCAGCAGCACAGAAGUAAGGAUG